AUGGCGCCGAGUGGUGCGCAGAAGACUGUGAGCCCAGUGGGCGGAAACUCCAUCAGAAGUCCGGUGGUGCAGAUGCCAACACCAAGUGCACAAGCGAGCUGGACCGGGCCAGGCUUCGGAUCGCAAAGCCAUCAAAGAUACCCCGUCCAAGCCAGGCACUAUGGCCAUGGCCAUCCUGCCGUUCCCCAUCCAAGCCAUCCAAGCCAUCCGAGCCCAAGCCAUCCCCAUCCCUCUCAGCCUCCAAGCCAUCGGGCUUAUCCCUACAACCCAAACCAACAAGCUCAACCCAGCUAUAACCGCCAGUCUUUUCCCUUUCGUUCAAAUGUUCCAGAGCAGACGAGGCCGAAAGCAAAGACCAAGAUGCCGAAGCCGAAAGUGGAGUCGAGCGACAGUGAAGAAGCAGACCUCGGCCCCCGCGUGCGCAAAGCCAUGAAGCAGUUUCCCAGCUACAGCGGAGAGAUGCCACCUCCAGAGGCUGAGUCCACCUGGUCAGAUCAGGAGCUUUACAACUAUUUCUUUUCCAGUGGCUUUAUCAAGCCUAAGAAGAAGACCAGCAAGCCCAAGCCAACUCCGCAGCAGAUGGAGCACUACUAUUCAGUGCUGAAUCUCAGGCCCGGUGCAAAGGCAGCAGCCAUCAAGAAGUCCUUUCGGCAGUUGGCUCUUCGCUUCCAUCCCGAUAAGAAUCAUGACAGUUCGGAAGCCACCACAAAAUUCCAAGAAAUCACCGAGGCGCAACACGAAACUUGGGGAAACGUUAUUGGGGCUGGAGGUCUGAGGGAGGGACGACAUGAUGCAAAUCAGGCCUAUGAAAUCAUUUGCCGAACAUUAAAAAAUAGAAUAUCCAAUGAGAACGAAAAAAUAUGA